UGCCCCGCCCACUGCUGCAGCUGGUGCCCAGAGCCAGCGCGGUGAUGCGGCGGCGGAGAAGGCUUGUGGACCCCUGGUGCUGCCUGCGCCCCCCCUGGCGAUGGGGACAGGGCUGUGCCUGGCUGAGCUUUGCUCUGCUCUGCCUGGCCACACUCUCCUUGCUCUGCCUGCAGUCUGGGCUCAUGCUGCGCUUGGCCCACCAUGGGGCAGGAGGACCCCCGACCUCUGCAGCUGCUGCUAUCUCCCGGAGCCUCCAGCCACCCUCCGGAAGCAACCAGACUCUUCAGCGGCUCCUGGGUGCUGGGUCUGCCAACCGGGGCCUUUCCUCUGCCCAGCAGGCUCCGUUGUGGCACUUCUUCCUCUCUGGCCUGUGGAGAUUCUGGCAUCGCCUUGCAGAGGGGCUGGGCAGGUCCUGGAGGGGCUCCAGGAUGACUGUCCAGUUGCAGCCCCUGCCCUGGGCUGCCUGGCAGAAGAAACUCUCUUCGGGGGUGCUGGGCCCCCGCCUUCAGCAAGUCUUCCAGAACUACCAAGCCAUGAACAAGUACCGGGUGCCUCCGGAGGCCACCACGCAGCGCGGAGGGAACCCCAAUGCAACUGGAACAGAGCUCUUGUGCCAGCUCCAGAGUCGUGUGGCAGUGACCACACUCCUGGGGGACGAGGGGCCCUUUGCAGACCCAGAGUGGAGGGGGCUGCUGCCUCACAGGAGCCUGAGGCAGGAGCUGGCCCCCCUGGGGAAGUGUGCCGUUGUCAGCUCUGCUGGCUCCAUGUUGGGCUCUGGACUGGGCAAGGAGAUUGACUCCCAUGAUGCUGUUCUUCGUUUCAACGGAGCCCCAACUACUGGCUAUGAGCAGGACGUGGGCACCAAAACUACCAUCCGCCUCGUGAAUUCCCAGCUGAUGGCUUCUCCUGAGCAGCACUUUCUGGAUGACCAACUCUAUGCGCAGGGAGCCUUGGUUGCCUGGGACCCAGCCCCUUUCCCAGGGGACCUGCAGGAGUGGUUCGAGGCUCCUGACUACCCCAUCUUCAGACCCUUCCGCGCGGUGCGCUCCCAGAGGCCCCAACAGCUCUUCCACCUGCUGCACCCGCGGGUGCAGUGGCAGCUCUGGGGGCUGGUGCAGGAAGGGGCACCUGAGGCAGUACAGCGGAACCCACCCUCCUCAGGACUGCUUGGGACAGUGCUGAUGUUGUCGCUCUGUGACCUGGUCCAUGUCUACGAGUUCCUGCCCUCGCAGCGCCAGUCUCCGCGUUGCCACUACUACCAGGACUUUGUGGACGAGGCCUGCACGCUGGGCGCCUACCACCCGCUGCUCUUUGAGAAGGACCUCGUUCGCCGCAUGAACCAGGGCUCAUUGGAUGACUUGGCCCGGCUGGGGCGGGUGACACUGCCUGGCUUCCGGGCCCUGAAUUGCACCCUGGAGGAUUAGCAGCCUGGCCAGGGGAGGCGUGUGGUGAGGGGCCUGGGAUACCCCUGCUGCUUAGCAGCCUGCUGCCCCUGGGGGUGAGAUGGGGAG